AUGGCAAGACCAUUUGCAAUUAUCAAAGACAUCAAUGACAGCAAGGAACUAUGGAAGAUUGCGGUCAGAAUUCAUCACAAGUGGAGUGUGGUAUCAAAGAGUAAGCACGACAUACCUCCAAAAAUUAUGAAGUUCACACCGUUUGCUGAUAUUAUAUGUGGAAAAUGGAAAAGGAAUCUUCUAAUAGAUGUUAUUGCGGUGGUGAUAGAAAUUGGAUGCACACAAUUACAAGGCGGCUCAAAGAAACAACAAAUUAAUUUAGUCUUGAAGGACUUGGGUAAUAACACGGUUGAUUGUACUUUGUGGGAAGGUUAUGCUUUGCAGUUUGAUGAAUACAUAAAGAAUGUGAAGAAUGUUUCAAUACCAAUUGUUAUCAUUUCGCAAUUUAGAAAAGUUAAAGAAGAGGGAAAGUAUCAUUUAUGUGUUUCAAACACAUUCAAUGUGACUAAGUUACACAUCAACAAAGACUUACCGGACAUAAAGGAUUUCCUUAAAAUUUCCUUCAUUCUUGCAUUUGCUUAUAGGAUUUGUUUUACUGAGUUAACAAUAUGUUUACACUCCUUUCAAUCAUGUUAA